ACAAGCGCUUCGAAGGGUCUUGAGAGAAGACAUCACCCACUUCCAUGUUGAUGUGAAUCUCGUGGCCAUCUACUCCUCUUCUUCUUCUGCUUCUUCUUCUUCUUCUUCUUCUUCUUCCUCCUUGUGUCCUUUCUUGAUCCAGUGCUUCGCCUGGUUUCUAUUGAUCAAGCAUCAAGAUCAACCUGACAACUACUUGUGCUUUGCCCCAUUUUCAUAACCCUCUGAGGAAAAAAGAGAGGAAGCUCCAACCUUGAUCAACAUGGGUCUCUCAAGUCUUCCAGCUCCUUCUGAGGGAAUGCUCUGUGUUCUCAUAGUAAACACCGCCCUGUCCAUCUCCAUCAUCAAAGGUCUUGUCCGCACCAUCCUCCACCUCGUUGGGUUCCGUCUCUCCUGCCUCUCCCCAUCGUUGCCGGACUCUCUCAUCGACGCCCGCUCCUCCGAGUCCUUUGAGUACAGGAUAAGCCCGUCCAAGAGCUACAUCGAGCAGUUCCGGAACCUGGCCCCGUCCAUCCGGUUCGACGCCGUGUGCGGAGGGCACAAGAGGGAGGACCGCGACUGCUCCGUCUGCCUGACCGAGUUUGUGCCUGAGUCGGAGAUAAGCAAGCUGUCCUGUGGGCAUAUCUUCCACAGGCUGUGCCUGGAGAAGUGGCUGGACUAUUGGAAGAUCACAUGCCCACUUUGUCGGAAGCCUAUGAUGGUGGAAGAGGAGGUUUCUUCCUCAUGCUUCUGGUGAAUCAAUAGAGAGAGAUUUUUAAGGGGCCGUCGUGUUGCGCGUUGUACAGCCGAUAGUUUGUACAGGUAUUUUCGCAUCAACAGGGGCUUUUGGUGUGUGAUGGGUGCUGCAAUACACAUUUUGUACUUGUGAAUCUGUGCGAAAUGUGGUUAGAUGUUUGGAAACACAAGAAGAGCUUAUGCUGUUGUGGGCGCCUUGUGGCUGUACAUAUUGAAAAGUUGCUAGUGUUUUUUCAUGCA